AUGCUGCCAAAUGUGAUUAUAGAAAAGUGCUCCUGGCAGACAAACAUCAAUCUAGCUUUAUUAGUACACUGUAGCAGCUAUGAAACACAGAAACACACACUAUCUAUCUAUCUAUCUAUCUAUCUAUCUAUCUAUCUAUCAUCGCAGCGUAUCUAUCUUUGCAGCCUAUCUAUCUCACUUUGUCAAUCUAUCUACCUCUCGAUCUAUAUCACUUUGUCUAUCUAUCUAUCUAUCUAUCUAUCUAUCUAUCUAUCUAUCUAUCUAUCUAUCUAUCUCACUUUGUCCAUAUCUAUCUAUCUAUCUAUCUAUCUAUCUAUCUAUCUCUCACUCAUCUCUCUCUCUCUCUCUCUCUCUCUAUAUAUAUAUAUAUAUAUAUAUAUAUAUAUAUAUAUAUUAGCAGCGUAUCUAUCUAUCUAUCUAUCUAUCUUCGCAGCGUAUCUAUCUUUGCAGCGUAUCUAUCUAUCUAUCUAUCUAUCUCACUUUGUCCAUCUAUCUACCUCUCUAUCUAUAUCACUUUGUCCAUCUAUCUAUCUAUCUAUCUAUCUAUCUAUCUAUAUAUAUAUAUAUAUAUAUAUAUAUAUAUAUAUAUAUAUUAGCAGCGUAUCUAUCUAUCUAUCUAUCUUUGCAGCGUAUCUAUCUAUCUAUGCGGCGAUUGCCACUUCUUAA